CACGUGGACUUGGGACCCACGCCCACUCUCAAACCAUUCCUCCCAAAGUCCCCUCCCUUUGUUUCUCUCUCUACAAUUUCUCUCUCUACUCUGUGUCGCCCCCUCCGAAAAGCCCUCUGCUCUGCAGGCUAAAUCCCCGGCGAGCUCAGUUAUCGGAAAAAUUACCGUAAUUGUCUGCUGUAAAAUCCCGGAGGAAUCGAUGCAGUCAAGCGGAGUCGUAUCUGGAGUGACCUGAGCAGCCGCGAUUUGGCGAUGCUUAGGCUAAUUCCGGAGCGUUACGUCGGAGACCGUCGCUUUGGAGUUGGAAUUUUUUUCCUUUUUUCUUUUUCAGCUAUGUUUGAUUGGAACGACGAAGAGUUAACAAACAUAAUAUGGGGUGAGACUGGGGAAAGUGAUGAUCAUAUAGUUCCAUAUCCAGAUGAAAGUGAUGGAAAACCUCCAGCUUCACACAGGGAUAGUGUCAAGGAGGAAUGGGAUCUUGAAGCUUCAAAUGUUAAGCUGGGUGAUCAGAAGAAACCUGCACCCAAAAGUGGUUUUGAUAUUAAGUUAGAAAGCAGCUCCAAACAUGCAACGGAUGAAGCUCUUCCUGCGCUGGCAUUUGGUAAGGACUUGUGGCCCGACCUAUCCUUAUCAAACACUACGAAAAUGGAUCAAGGUUCCUCAUGCAAAGAAACAACUAAUGAUGUAACAGAAAUUUCCAAACAUGAAGAUGCUUUUAGCAGAUGGGACAGCUCAACCAGGAAUCAAUUCUGAGAUUUUUCAAAAGCAGAAAGUGGAUGGGGAGCAAAGCGACUUUAUUGAUUAUGGUUGGGAUAAUAUAGGAAGUUUUGAUGACCUCGAUAAGAUCUUUAGCAAUGACGAUCCAAUAUUUGGACAUACAAGCCUUUCUAAUACCGAGGAACUAUGGUCAUCUUCCAAGGAUCUUACAAGCAGUCCUGAUAAAUCUAUUCCCAUGUCUAUUGACUCUCCAAGUUUGGGGCUCGGAGCACUCAGAAGUACAUCAGAAAAAUUUGAGACUAAAGCAGAAUACAUGCUAGACCAAAACCAGCCUUUUGCCAGAGCCUAUGGUGAAGUGAAUAAUAUCACACCAAAUGUUUCAGAGACUUUACAUGCAUAUGCUGGAGGCAAAAAUUUUCCCAUUAUGAAGGAAAAGACAGCUUUGGAGAUGGUUGGGAAACCCCCAGCAUUCAGUUUGCAGCUUGACACUGGAAUUGCUGGAAUACCUAAUCAACCGACAGGCAAGUUCAUUUCAUUUGUACAGGAGAACUGUCAAAAGAGACCAUUGAAAGGUCGAAUUAAAUCAGAAGAACAGAGUCAAAUCAGUCAGCUGCAGGAUAUAUGCGGAUCUUGGUCGCCGUCCAUGAACCAACUAAAUAGCCACUACAUAUCAGUGAACCAGCAUUGUCCACCUGUUGGCAUUCCUCAGCCAAGGCAUCUUCGAGUACCUCAGUCUUUGCAGUAUAAGCAAUAUCCUGGCCACAUGUUAGCUUCUUCUGUGUCUGGGGAUUUUUCAAAUCAGUAUCCCAUGCCUGCUUUAACACAGUUCCAUGCCGGUCAGGGUUGUCAUCAAUCCAUCACUUCAGGCUAUGAUGCUUCUCCUAGGAGUAUAAAUACUCUAAACAAGUCAUCUGAUGCACCUUCAAAAAGUUUGAUGAUGACGCCUCAGGAGAAAAUUGAAAAAUUAAGGAGGCGGCAGCAGAUGAGGGCAAUGCUUGCAAUCCAGAGGCAGCAGCAACAGUUUGGCAAUCAAGUCUUAUCUACAGACCAUUCUAUGACGGAAGGAGGGAAUGUUGAAGUUGAAGAAAACCUUUGCACUAUUCCCACUCUAGACCCAAACUCACCUUUGGAACAGAAUGAUUCCAACACAGUUGGCAUUGCAGUUGAAGAUCGUUCAAUGGAGGAAUCAGUGCUUUAUCGUCUUCAGGACAUCAUCUCAAAGCUGGAUAUCCGCAUUAGACUCUGCAUCCGAGACAGCUUGUUUCGACUGGCUCAAAGUGCAGCACAAAGGCGGCAUGCUAAUGACACAAGCAGCGCAAACAAGGGCAGCAGAGAAAUGGUUCCCAACAAUGAAGAAAUAAAUAGUAACAGGAUUGCUAGACUGCCCAAUGUAGAGACUGAAACUAAUCCAAUAGACCGAACUGUUGCUCAUUUGCUCUUCCAUCAACCCAUGGACCUAUCAACAAAAGUUGCAGAAAUGCCUGAGUCACAACUUUCAGAUAAGCUCUACUAUGAAAGCAAAGCAACUUGUUCAAUGAGCUUGCCAACGAGGAAUCUGCCCCCGAGUUCUGAAAGUCAUCAUGUUAUAUCUCCUCAUGGCGUAAAAACUCCUAGUUCCUAUCCUGAAGGGGAGCAACCCCAAAACAGCCCCUGCUUGGAGGCUUCUGAGAAUGCAUCAAACAAUGAAGCUGCAGACAGCGGAGUAGUACGGAUCGAACCCUCCAUAUGAACCAAUGCUAUAUACCGCCUAAUACAAGGGUAAUUCCUUCCUUUAUCACUUAGUCAUGUUAAUGCACCCACCUGUUAAUCUCCGGGCUGGUUCACUAGUAAUGUAGAACUAUCCUUUCCUUGUCAGCCAACUGGAUACAGAUUCAAGAUGAUUGUACAUUUAUACUAGAGGAGACCCCAUACCAUGUCCGCAAGAAGUCCCCCCAAGUCAUGUCUGCGACGCUGCAAUUCAUGUGCUAAUCCUGUUUUCCCCAGAAACUAUCCACUCCAGACUUGGAAUAAAUAUUUACUACCAGUGAUAAUUCUAUAAUGUUGGAAAGGUCUGAAAUAUUGAAGGUACUACUAAACUUCAAAUAAGUAAGGCCUGACUUUGUAUAUCUACUUUCCCUUCAAAGUUACUUUCUCUCUCUACUCUCAUUCGUAUGUGCUAUGACUAAAUUUGUGCA